AUGAAUUAUAAGCCCAAUUUAAAGAUGGAUAGUACUUCUGGGUCAUUUAAAAAAUAAGAAUAAGCUUUAUCCUUAGAAAGCACAUAAAAGUCAGAUUCUUCUGCUCUCAAUUCAAAACCAAAUUUUGCCAGCAAACCAUCUUUCAAUAUUCGCAACCGUUCCACUUAACCAUUAGAAUAAGAACCUUAGUUAACAAACACUAAAGAUGAAUUCUUUAAAACAGGGUCAUUUCAAGAGAAAGUGCCUCUUAAGGAUAGAAUCUAACGAUCUGAUGAAAAGAAAAAUUCAGCUCCUCUUAAUUAAGGACUUUAUUUACCUGGACAAGAAGAGUUAUUUAAGAAAUAAAUCUAAGUUGAAAAGAAGGAAGUUUAAUAAAAUUAAGAAAAAAAGGAAGUUUAAUAGAUUAAACAAAUAUAAUCAGAUUCUUAUAUGCCAUCAAUUGGUAAUUAAAAUAAACGUGAAGCAGCAUUAUUAGGUUCAAAAAAUCCAAUUGAAAAUAAAAUUGCAAUAGCAGAUUAAACAAAAGUGCAAUAACAACUUGGUAUUGAAUAUAGUAAUACAAUUAGAGGAAGCUGAACCAAUUGAAGAUCUUGAAUUAGUACUUUGUCCUGAGGGUUGUGGAAGACAAUUUAAAUAAGAUGUUUUAGAAAAGCAUACUAAAGUGUGUAAAUAGGUAUUUCAAUAGAAAAGAUAAGAAUUCAAUUCUAAAUAAGCAAGAAUAGUGUCAAAUGAUUAAUAAAAAUUAUAAAGACAAGGUUAAAUAAAGGAGAAGUAAUUAUAAAAAAAGUAGGGUAAAGCUCCUCUUGAUCCAAAUUGGAAAAAACAAUCUGAAGAAUUACGUAAUAUAAUAAAAGAAUAGAAGUAAUAGUAAUGA